UUUUGAACCGUUGUUGGAUAAGAUCCCACACGAAGACAAAGAAACCCAUUCGCCCGCUCAUGGAAGCUACCGAGGUUGCCGAGCAGUUAGCUGGCUUGAAGAUACAUGAAGCAAAAUCCGGUGCCGCCCCCACCAAUAGCCGGUUUCUCGACGUUGUCAUCGUGGUCCUCAACCAGGCCUGCGGCGACGGCGGGCAGAAGCACUGGUUCGCCUCCACCAAGGAGCUCCAGCUGGCGUCCUUGCAGCUCUGCGAGGCGUGCCGGGACGCGGCCGCCCUUCACCUCCGGGUUAACACGAGCACCCCGCUGCGACUGCUCGCCCCUGCCGACAGCCCUUCCGACGGCUCGGAGGAGGGCACUCGGGUGCCGCGUCUCCGAGCUCGGGAGGUAAGCUGGGACCUGACGAGCGCGGACCGGCUGAGCAGCUCGAUCUACGCGCUGGCCAGCGCACAGGUGUUCACGUUCAGUGAUAGUUUGAACGCUGUUCUGGAUGCCGUUGUGUGGCCCACGUCGCUGCAGCAGCUGACGUUCGGGAGGCGGUUCAACCGACCGCUGGAAGCGGUGUCGUUUCCUGCGUCGUUGCGGGAGAUCACCUUCGGGUGGGGCUUCAAUCUGCCGAUCGAAGCCGUAUCGUGGCCUGCAGAGCUACGGCGGCUCAACUUCGGGUGGGCUUUCAACCAGCCGGUGGAAGCGGUGUCGUGGCCUCCAGAGCUGCGGCAUCUCACGUUUGGGACUUGUUUCCGGCAGGAAAUUAGGGGAGCGUCGUUCCCGGCCUCACUGGAGCAGAUUGUCUUCGGAUACAGCUUCAACCAGUCGAUAGCGGGAACCGUGUGGCCGACGUCUCUUCGAACCCUGAGUUUCGGGCGAAGGUUUAACCAGCCCCUUCAGGGGGUUGCAUGGCCGCCCUCCUUACGCCAGCUCGUCUUUGGUGACUGCUUUGACCAGCCGAUGCAGGGCACAUCGCUGCCCUCCUCGCUCCGAUCGCUCAAGUUUGGGAAAUGCUUUAACCGAGCGCUCGAGGGUGUGGCGUGGCCGGCCUCCCUCCGGGAGGUUGCCUUCGGAGACGAUUUUGAUCAGCCGGUGGAAGCCGUCGAGUUUCCUGGGUCGUUGCAGGAGCUCCUGUUCGGGCGUUCCUUCGAUCAGCCGACCAGGGGGGUCGCCUGGCCUGCGGCGCUUCAGAAGCUUACCUUCGGAGCGUUGUUCAACCAGGAGGUCGAGGGAACCACGUGGGCAGCCUCGCUGCGAGAGCUGACGUUCGGGGAAGCUUUCGACAAGCCCAUCGAAGCGGCCAGCUGGCCCGCGUCACUGCGGCGGCUCGUUUUCGGCAAAGAAUUCAACCGGCCCAUCAGGGGAGUUUCGUGGCCCGAUUCUCUGCAACAGCUCACCUUCGGAUUGCGAUUCAACCAGCCAAUCGGUGGUGCCGCGUGGCCGGCGUCGCUGCAGCAGCUCACCUUCGGGAGCACCUUCAACCAGGCCGUGGAUCAGACGCCUUUGCCGGCGUCAUUGCAACAGCUCAGGUUCGGCGCAUGUUUCAACCACCCGAUCGAGCUGGUCGCGUGGCCGGCAACGGUUCGUCAGCUCGACUUCGGGGAUGAGUUCAACCAGCCCGUCCGGGAAGCCAUGUGGCCGGCUUCCAUGCAGCAGCUCACCUUCGCGGGCAACUUCAAUCAGGAGAUCGCUGGGCUCCAGCUGCCGUCCCCUCUGCUGCGAAUUCGUUUCGGGCAUUUCUUCAACCGGACUCUGGAAGGGGUCGCGUGGCCGGGAUCCCUGGAGGAGGUCAAGUUCGGGAGAAAUUUCAACCAGGCGCUGGACACGACGGGGUGGCCGUCCUCCCUACGACGGCUGCAUCUAGACCGCCGCUUCGACCACUCGUUGAACGGGCUGGGGAGAUGGAUGCCGAACCUUGAGGAACUGACGCUGCUGCUGAAGGCCUCGGUGCAUUACGACAUCCUCGUCGACAUCGAAUGGCCGACGGGCCUGAAGCGGCUGAACGUGAAGCACGGGGUGCGCUUGGAGGGGGAGGAGAUGCCAGCUGGUCUUGAGGUAGUUCACGUUUGACGGCCCGUCUUGGUCGAGACCACGGGUGCGGUACGCGGAAGCCUCCCACUGCACUCGGCCAUGGGAGCAAACAAACUCUGCAGAUGGCGGGUUUGUUCAAGGUGUAGACGAAACAAACCAUUUUAUUUUUAGACCCCCUUUGAUUCGCCAAAUAUUAGGGUACGGUAUGAGCCGGUAAACGUGGGACGUCUGCACGAACCCCCCGAGCGAGAGAACGAGAUGUGCGGCUUAAGCUUUGUCGAACCUAGGCGUUCAUACAAAGAGUCCUCUGGGUGUAAAGACAGAGCGGCGCAUUGGCGCGGGGCAAGGUUGACUCUAUGCAAGCUUGUAUUGUGGUUUGCCAACUCUAUUGGCUGCCAAUGGGCUGAGUAAUACAUCGUUGCCCGAUGAUGCGCUGUUACGACUACAUCGCAGCGGCCGACAUGCGAAGGUUUUUCAAUACGACCAACCUUUCCGACGAGCAUUGAGGGGGAUAGUGGACAAGCCGAGUGAAACCCCGAGAAUCUGGCAUUGCUCUCGAUAGGGGUUGCGGGGCGUUCCACUCGGGUGGCUGGCGUAAAUGCUUGGGAACGAGAAAAUAGUCCAGAGAGGAGGAGGGUGGAAGUCAGACGCACAGUCUUCAAGCCAUAUGGCUUGCUACGAGUAUCGCAGAAGUUAAAUUAGGGUUGUCACGUUUUCUAGGAGAUGGGAUGAGGGAGCCGGGAGACAGCCAGGGCAAGGCCCGGCGAAAGGAAAACUGAGUCAUCAAUGGAAACCAAAGUAUCACUGGAAGAGUUGUGUCAUGAUCUCUCCAAAAUCGAUCAAGAAAAUGGAAGUCUGCCACUUUGGGGACUUCGUCGUUGUACUGAGGGAAAAAAUAAUCUGUGGUUGCUAUUUGGAAGAGAGUUAUGUGCACAGAGAGGUUGUGACACGAUAGAAAAGACCCAGAGAGGAUCCUGCGACGCAAGCGUGCGCUGCCAAAGGUUCGCAUCGUUCUCUUUCCUCGAGGUGUAGAAAGUAUGAUGAUACUGAAUGGAGUUGGAAAGAAACUUCGUUGCAGGCAGAUUUGUUGGAGGUGUGGACAAACAAGUCGUUGACUAUUGCAAAAUCUACGAAUUUCUUAAGCGUGUAUUAGGGUAUGGUAACAGAAUCACGUGCUUUGAUGUACAUGCAUGUGCUUCAAGAGGGCCCGGAAUCGAGAACAAGGGAUGAAUCGGACUCUUUAUCUGUGGAAGAGAUUGAUUUGCUGUUAUUUGUACAUCAAGAAAGAAGAAAGAGAAGGAUCGUUGUCCACCUCUCUGUCGAACCUCUGCCUUCAUGCUAGAGUCUUUCAGGAGUAUUAGCGAGGGCAGCGCACACAAUGAGCGAGGUGGACACAUGGAAAGCUAAGCAUAGUGGUUACUCAUAGAAAGCUUUAGCCUUCUUCUGGUCGGGUUAAGAGCUGUAGGAGCUACCGAUAAUUUGUAUAUUUUCCCUACCCACCCUACGUUCCGUUCUUUCGAAGAUGGGGGAAAGAAGAGCGCCCACUUGCCAGAGAGAGGUGGCAUUUGCAAUGGGAAGAAAUCUGUCGGCGUCAUUGUUGUGGAGGCAUGUUCAUGUGAGAUUUCUGCGAGGUGCUGUAGGGUUGGCUC